CCAAAUGGAAGGCAAAAAGUUUUUCACGCCUGCGCAGGUAGCCAGCAUGCUCUGCGAAUUAUCCGAAGAUGAGUUUUCGUCCUCGGCAGAGAGCGAUUUAUCCACGGAUUCUGAAGCUGAUGAGGAUUUCCUAAAUGGAAGAGAUCCUGAUCUAGAACUAGAGCCAGAGUCAUCAGACUCAGAUUGGCAGCCAGAGAGAAAGAGGCCCAAGAGGACCCCAGUGACUGUGGAGGAGGAGGACCUGGAACCCCAACCCUCUAGCUCCACACAGCCUGCAAGUCAAGGGAGAGAAAGAGGAAGAGGCAGAGGGAGAGGCAGAGGGAGAGCAGGAGGGAGAGCAGGAGGGAGAAGCACUCCGAGUUCUGGACUUGAAGGUGCAUGGCAGGGCACGGAUGUUGAGGACAUCACUCCUGAUCAGCCAUCCUUCCUCCCAGCACGCACACCUGGUGGCCAGCUCAUGGGUGGUGUAAAAUACACCAUCCUACAAUUGUUCAGUUUAUUCAUGACAAAUACCAUUGUCAAAGACAUCAUGAACAAUUCCAACAAAUAUGGAGAAAGGAAUCACCCGGACACAUUCCAGAGGAUUACCAUGGCAGAGAUGAUGUCCUACCUUGCAAUGAUUAUAUAUAUGGGAAUACUCAAGACAACAGCAAUCACUGACUAUUGGAGAAAGUAUGAGCUGUAUGCCUUGUCUUUUCCCUCAAGCGUGAUCUCCGGGCGCCGCUUCAGAGCCAUCUCUCGCGCCCUCCACCUCAGUGACCCUGAUGAAGAUGCUGCCAACGACUCAAGAAGAGGCACCUCUGGGUACAAUAAGCUUGGCAAAAUAAAGCCAUUGUACCAGGAGUUCAGGCAGAUGUGCAUGGCACAUUAUCAACCCCACCAGUGCAUUUCCAUCGAUGAGAGGAUGGUCGCCUCCAAAGCCCGCAGCGGAAUCCGCCAGUACAUGAAGAAUAAGCCCGUGAAGUGGGGUUAUAAGCUGUUUGUGCUGGCGGAUUCCACCAGUGGUUACACCUGGGACUUCUUCAUCUAUGAAGGCAGGGGAGCAACAAUCAACAAGGGGCUCAGCUAUGACUCCGUCAUGCGUCUCACAAAUACGCAUUUGCUUGGUACCGGGUACAAGUUAUUUGUAGAUAACUUUUACACAAGCCCAGAUCUCUUUCGUGACCUCCUGCAAAAGAAGAUCUGGGCCUGCGGUACCAUUCGUGGACAGCGUAUUGGGUUCCCCAAAGACAGGCCAGGCGGGCUUGUGAGGUCGUCUCCCCGGGGCACCAUUCGCUGGAUCCGUGAGGGGCCCCUGGUGUUUGUGCAGUGGAGGGACACCAGAGAUGUGCUGAUGUGUUCCACACUUCAUGCAGCACAUGGGGACGAUAGUGUCCGGAGACGGAUCAAGGGGGCAGAUGGGCAGUGGCGUGUGCAGGAUAUCUCCAUUCCACCAGCCAUCAAGGAUUACAACAGGCACAUGGGUGGUGUGGACCUGUCAGAUGCCAUGAUCGGUUAUUACAGUGUCCUGCAUAAAACCAAGAAGUGGUACCGGUCUUUCCUGUACCACUUCAUCGACAUCGCCAUCGUCAAUGCCUACAUCCUUUACAAGGAGAUCGCCACUGCAAGGCAGGAGAAAGUGAUGUCCCACAAACAAAUUAAACACAAACAUUCUGCAAAAAGGUAAUAUUUGAUUACACAAUUACUGAACUAUUAUUAUAACAGGAUUUAGUAUAUUCAUUCUGUCAUGUAGCCAAUAGAAAGAAGACUGAAGCCCGUCUAACUGGCGGGGGCCCGUCUAACUGGCGGGGGGCCACCACCAACUCCCCUCACCCCAUCUGAGGAGCUGACUCUGUCCCUUAAUAAAGGGCGACCCAGUGGUUGCUGGCAUUCCAGGGGGCAGUUACCAUGCACCACAAGUGAUGGUGAAAAAAAUGCAA